UCCCGGAGCUGAGUGGAGACCUAGGAAGUGUCAUCGGAGAUUUUUUCAACAUUAAAGUUUUCGCUUCCUGAAAUAUAAACUGGAAUUAUUUGCUGUUUUGUUUCCGGAGAGAAGAUUUCUGUAAUGGUCUUUUUGUCGUGCAGAGUCCUGUGAACUCACAGGAUGUCAAGUUGCACGAAGAAAGGUGAGGAAAGUGCAGACUCAUCCACGCCCAUUGACUUCUACUCUGUCCCUCUGAGCGCCCUGAACGUCGCGGUGAGGAAGAAGCUGGCACUCUUCCUCAAUCCCAAGAGUGUAGUGGCGGCAGACUGGACGGAGCUCGCUGAGGAGAUGGGUUUUCAUUACCUCGAGAUUAGGAACUACGACAGGUUAGAGAAUCCUACCGGUAAACUGUUGGACGAAUGGGGAUCUAGAGAGGGUUCUUCCGUGGGCAAAUUGCUGGAGCUGCUGAGGAAGAUAGAGCGAGAAGAUAUCCUUGAAGACCUCAUGAUACCUAUUGAAAAGUACUGCAGAGAACACCUCAAUAAACCAGUUCAGGUGCCAUCAGUGGAUAGUAGUGGCCCAAAGAGCACAUGUGGUACUUCAGGUGAUACACCUAGACUUUUUGAUGCCUUUAUCUGCUAUUGUCAAGCUGACAUUGAGUUUGUUCAUGAAAUGAUCAAGCAACUCGAGCAGACUGCAUACAAACUUAAGCUGUGUGUAUUUGAUCGUGAUGUGCUGCCAGGGUCAUGCAUCUGGACCAUCUCUAGUGAGCUCAUUGAGAAAAGGUGUAAAAGAAUGGUGGCUGUAAUUUCUGAUGACUAUUUGGUUAGCGACGAUUGUGAUUUUCAAACAAAGUUUGCUUUGAGUCUUAGUCCAGGUGCACGAGACAAACGGCUGAUCCCUGUCAAAUGCAAACCGAUCAAGAGAGAGUUUCCCAGUAUUCUCCGCCAUAUUACUUGCUGUGAUUACACAAACCCAAAUACUAAAUCGUGGUUCUGGAAGAGGCUUGCAGAGGCAAUCGCACAGCCUUGAGAGUGCCUAGACAAGGAAUGAAACCACUCAAGUUGAUUGGAGUAAAAAUUGUAUGGGGAUUCUACAAUAAGAUCACUCAGUGAACUAUACUCAAGGACUGGCUCUGUUAUAUUAACUACUUUAUGCUUUCUUCAGUGUUAAAAUAACUGAAUACCUUUCAUCCAGGGGCCAGAUUUAAUUUAAAUGAAAGGAAGUUUUGGAGCAAGUAUAAUAAUGGUUUAGAACAUGUUGCACAGGAAAUGCAAACUGUGAACUGCCACAUGGAAACAUCAAACACCAUAUCUGUGCCUUUAAAUCAAGCAACCGAAAAGCCUGUAAUUAGAUUAGAUAUUCUAUUUGACCAAUUGUGUUUUCACGGGCUCAAAAUAGAGCACCUGCUUCUUUCUUUUACCUCUUCCAACCCAUGAGAAGAUAGUGGCUAGUUAUUUUGUGAUAACUUACAUUAUAAAUUACUUCACAAUCUAAAAUGUUGGCUUUAUUGAAGGUAGCCAUAUAGUCCCCAUGGUUACUGAAAAUUCAAGCAAUACAGUUGCAGACAAGGUAGUACAAUUGUUAUUUGUUGCAAGUUCUUCAGACUUCAGGUUAAAAAUUGACCUGAUGUCAAAUGAUGAUCUUCUUUCAAAGUGGCACAUGUACUCCUAACUGAUAUCACAAAUUGCAUAAAGUGGCAAAUAAUAUCCAUUUAGUUUGGAAUAAAUACAUACAUUCUCUAAUGAUUGUAUUAAUAGGCUAUUCUAGAGUAACAAUCCAGGGAGUGAGAGUUCAAAAUUUGUUUAUUUUCUACAAAUGCGACCAAGGGAAGAAGCACUUAAAUUUGUAAAAAAAAGACUUAAUUAAAGUAGACAUUAAACCAUUUCCACUUUUCGCAAGAAUUCCAAGAUGGGAGGCCAUAAACAAAAGACAUUCACUAAUAAUUUCAACAGUUGAAUCUGUGAAAUAUUUUUCCACAUUGCGUAAUGUGUAUCGUUGAGGUGUGCACUUCAUUGAAGUGGAAAUUACAUGAACACAGGAGCUGCGAAGAGGAGGAGAAAAUGUUGAAUUAGUAAACGAAGAAGGGAAAGAAGAGGCUUAUGUGGAAAAUUUGCUGAUUGGCUUGAAAAUUCGUUAAAGGUUAGCUUUAAGGCAUUAUGGAAAACCAUAAUGUUUUGUGGAGUAUAAAAUCUACCAUCCUUGUUCAAUGGCCUAUUUGUUAUACCAGUUCCAAACCAUUAUUGUUGAUUCCAAACUGCUUUCUGAAGUGAUUUAUUUAACUAUUCAGUUGUAUCAAGCUCCUGUCAAUACUUCCGAGGGCAACUAGAAAUGAGGUGAAAACUACCUUCACUAAUGGUGUCCAUAUCAGUGAAUGAGAGCUUGCUAUCUGACAGAGAAUUUGUAGUCAAUAGUUGGAACAUUAAUAAUUUCAUCUGCAUUUUAGAAAAUGCAAUAGAAAGUAGGCUUUUUCCUUUUGACACUGUGGGUAUAACUUUUAACCUGCACAUUUAUUUGUUCACAAGCAAGAGAAAAUCUGCAGAUGCUGGAAAUCCAAGCAACACACACAAAAUGCUGGAAGCACUCAGCAGGCCAGGCAGCAUCUAUGGAAAAGAAUACGGUUGAUGUUAUUUGUUCAAUUUUUUUGCUAUGGUUUUAUGCAUUAUUAAUAAAAUCACUUUUUUACACAAUUUUUGUUUUC